UGGAUCAUGUUCGCGAGCAAAAUGUCAUCAUGAUGAAUUCUUUCAUUAUACUAGUCACCGGUGUUGCUUUCUUGCCUUUGGUGAUCUGGCAAUAUCGGACUGCCACCAUAGGUAACAUCUCAGGAGUAACAGGUUCACUGAUGACUGACCUUAUUUCCACUUUUAUCGUAUCAGUAAUCUCCAAUGUGCUUAUGAUUGUAAUAUUCCUACAAACCAUUCGACUUUCAAACUCGCAACACGCUCGAGGAAACCAGAGCGUUGUGACCUCGGAAGAAUCUCCAAUGAAGCUUAGUAUCUUCGCAGCAGUAGAAUCAUCACAACAAAACAAGGCUUAUCCAGGCGAUGUGUUAAGAUUGGAAGACCCAAAUGAUACUACAGUCACAGAUUAUGAAAAAUGGCAUAAAGGUCCCCUGCCAGUACACAUCAAUCAAAGUGAUGAAUUAUCUGAGAUAUAUCUGGAUGAAAGGAGACCAUCCGUAGUAUAACUACUUUUUUUCCUCUUGCUUGGAUUACUUCGAUUAAAGGGCUUUUCUCAAAGUUCAUCUUUACGAUGCCUGCGAGCAAUUGUGUCUAUACCAUUUGACUUGUGACAACGUCUCUAUCAUUAAUUAGAUUGUGGCAAAGAUAGAAUACAUCAAUCAAAUCUUUUUUGCUGACGGGUCGUGUAUUCUCUGUUAUACGUUUCAAUCUCGGUGAUAUCAACAUCAUCCUGUUGUACAUUCCACUACUUCUCUUUUCCACUCUUUUGAAAGCAAGUGACCAUCGUUUUUAUCAUCAUAUCCUUAUGUUCAAGCUAUACAUAUGGCUUUCUGAAAA